AUUAUGCAAGUAUACAACCCUACCUAUUAAUUGCUUAUGGGCCGAGUCUAAUUAAAUAAACAUACAAUUUAAUAAUACCCAAUCAGCCUUAUCCUAAUUGCUACGCAACAAUAUUUCAAUUUUAUUGAGUUAUUUACAUCUUUCAGAUUUCACUAAUUCUUCAUGUGAAAAACAUUUAUAUGGGGCUGUGCCGACUUCCGGCGGCUCUUGUUUGGCACGGUCGUUUUGAAUUCCUCACACUUUGUUUUAAUUACUUUUAACUAUUAAUUAAUUAAACAUUUUAUUAAUCUUUGUUGUCAUCGAACUAACUGUAGUCGUGCCAAAUGCUCACGCCAUCACACCUUAUAAAAAAAAUAAAAAAUAAAAAAAUCAAUAUUUAAUACCUAAUCAACAAAAAGAAACUGCUCAAUUAUACAGCUUGACUGCCUAAUAUAUGUAGACAUGUAGCCUACUCCUCCAUUGAUUAGUUGUUGCAUUUCUUUUCUGCAAAAAAAGAAAGAAAAAAAAAGAUUAAACCUUUAGACUAAGCAUCUUAUUAAGUUUGGUCCACAUUCACAGCUCAUUACCUUUGAUUCCUAAUUUCAAUUUCAAUUUCAAUUGCGUUCCCUUCCAACAAAAGUCUUUUUUAACAACUUAUCUCUCUACCUACAUACUUCAAUUCAUCAAUUCAUCAAUUUGUUUGCUUCAAUCGCGGAUAAAUUCAUAUUCUGCGGCGGUGGAUGGCUGUUUCACAGGAGGUUUUUCCGGUGAGAAAGCGGCGGCCGUCGUUGGGGGCGUUUAUAUCGCCGGAUUUCUCCGACCGGAAUCUCCUCCGAGCGCUGUUUCUUCUAUCUCAUGAAAUUUCAACUCUGCAGCCGAUGAGAGUUCUUCUGAGGAAAAGCUCUGCUUCGAUCAUCAGAAAAUCGAAGCUGAUUUCCAUACUUUUCGAGGAACUUGUUCAGAAUCAUGAGAAUGUUCUUCCGCCUUCUGCUGCUUUGUGCUUCGAGGAGUUGUACAUACUUUUGCAGAGGAUAAAGGUACUGUUGGAAGACUGUUCCUCAUACAGCAAAAUGUGGCUGUUAAUGCAAAUUCCUUCUACUUCGAGCUCUUUUUAUCAAUUGACUGUUGAAUUAUCGACGCUUCUCGAUAUUUUUCCGGCGAGGGAGCUCAAUUUGAACGAAGAUGUUGAGGAAUUGCUUAAUUUGAUUAGAAAGCAGUGCUCGGAAAAAGUUGCAGGUGGUUGUGUUGAAUCGAACGAUGAAAACCUCAGAACGGAGGUACUGAAAAUGCUGGAGAACAUCAAAAGAGAAAUUGUUCCCGAUCAUUCGAAGCUCUCCGAUAUUUUCGAACGAUUGAAUUUAAACGAUUCCGCUGGCUGCACAGCCGAAAUCGAGAAUCUCGAAGACGAAAUUCAGAAUCAAAACGACGACAAAUCGAAGGCGGACGCCGUCGCGCUGAUCGGACUUGUACGCUACGCAAAGUGCGUGUUGUACGGCGCCUCCACGCCUAGAAUCACCACCAGGAGGCAGAAAUCGACGGCGGAGGUGAACUGCCCGGCGGAUUUCCGGUGUCCGAUUUCUCUCGAUUUGAUGAGAGAUCCGGUGGUGGUGUCCACCGGCCAGACUUACGACCGGUCGUCGAUAAACCUGUGGGUCGAAUCGGGGCACGCCACGUGUCCGAAGACAGGUCAGACACUGUCCCACACGCAUUUCAUUCCUAAUUUGGCGUUGAAGAAUAUGAUAGCUAUGUGGUGCCGCGACCAGAAGAUCCCUUUCGAGUCAAUGGAAGUUAACGUCAAACCUAACGCCGUUGCCUUGAAUAAAACCGCACUCGAAGCAAUCAAGAUGACCGUUUCUUUUCUGGUCAACAAGUUAACGGCGCAGCAGACGUCGGAAGUAAUUGACCGUUUAGUUCACGAGCUUCGUGUUCUGGCCAAGACCGAUUCCGACAGUCGAACCUGCAUCGCCGAGGCUGGAGCCUUGCCUUUGCUGGCAAAGUUCUUAGGGUCGGAACACCCGAGCCUACAAAUCAACGCCGUUACCACCAUUCUCAACUUGUCCAUACUCGAAGCAAAUAAGACAAGGAUUAUGGAAACUGACGGAGUACUGAACGGCGUUAUCGAGGUGUUGAAAUCGGGCGCCACGUGGGAGGCAAAGGGGAACGCGGCGGCCACCAUUUUCAGCCUGACGGGGGUGCACGCACACCGGAAGAGACUCGGGAGAAAGACACGUGUCGUGAGGGCGCUGCUAGAUCUGGCGAGGGCGGGUCCCACGGGCUCGAAGAGAGACGCUCUGAUGGCGAUUUUGAAUUUGGCGGGUGACAGGGAGGCGAUUGGGAAGUUGAUUGAAGGAGGAGUGGUGGAUAUGAUCGGGGAAGUGAUGGACUCGCUGGUGGAGGAAGCGGUGGCGGUUCUGGAGGUGGUGGUGAAACGGGGCGGAUUGGCGGCGAUUGCGGCGGCAUACCAUGGGAAUGUGGUGAAGAAAUUGACGGGGGUAUUGAGGGAGGGUUCGGACAGAGCAAAGGAGAGCGCGGCCGCGACGCUAGUGAAUAUGUGCCGGAAAGGUGGGUCGGAGAUGGUGGGGGAGCUGGCGGCAACGUCGGGGAUAGAAAGGGUAGUUUGGGAAAUAAUGGGGACGGGAACUGGGAGAGGGAAGAGGAAGGCGGCGACGCUGUUGAGGAUUCUAAGGAGAUGGGCUGCUGGCUUAAGUGGACCGCAGUUCACUCUCCAGCAGCACUCUACAACUCUUAAUAUGACCUCAGCCAGGAUAGUUUUACCUGCAUAACAUUUUGUUACUACUAUUUUUUGUUUGUUUGUUUUUUGCAAUAUUGUUUUUUUUCUUAUACAUUCAUUUGUUCAAAUCCAAAGAUGGCUUCUAAUUGUGUGUAAAUGAUGAUGAUGAUGAUUAUCCCACAUUAAUCCGUCUUCUUCA